AAACGUCACUCGGCUCUCGCAUUUUCAAAAGGACCACGAUUUUUGGUGUGCUCCACCACUUUGUUGAAUAACAUCAUGUUUUGCCGGUAAAAAGGAACUCGCGUUCCCUUUUUGGUGCGGCAUUUUAGAAAACCUUUGCCCUUCAAUUUCCACGAUGGCGUUUGUGAUUCGGUUCGCGAAAGCCGUGCGCAACAACUGGAAGAAAUCGACCGUCUUUGGAAGCGCGCUCGCCUACGGUGUGUCGUACUCGAACGAGAAAUAUGAGAUCAAACAGCUGAUGCGCUACUACUGCACGGAAGCAUCUCGGUACGGGGACGUCAAGAUAAACCUGAAUCAAAGACCGCCGAAAGUGUUGGUGCUGCUCAACCCUGCUGCGAACCGUAAAUCGUCGGAGGAGGAUUUUCACGACUACUGCGAACCGAUCCUGCAUCUGGCCGGGUUUGAGGUGGACUUGGUUAAAACCGACUCCGAAGGGCACGCCCGCCGGUACGUUGAGGAGCUAGCCACUCUUCCCGACGCGCUCAUUGUCGGCGGCGGUGAUGGAACGCUUUCGGAAGCCGUCUCCGGCAUGAAGCGCCGCCAGGACGGCGCACAAUGUCCGAUCGGAGUGCUUCCCUUGGGCCGCACGAACACACUCGCGAUGAAACUCUUCUCGGCCGAGGGCUCCAGCAACUCCGAUCUGGAGCAUGUGCGCACCAUGGCCAAUGCAGCAUACGCCGUCAUCGCUGGCAAGAAGGAAAAAACGGACAUUAUGCGCAUUGAGGUGUUGCCGAGUGCGGCCGAUGAAACGCCGCCGGAAAAGCCCGUGUACGCCGUGGGUGCACUGCAGUGGGGCGCUUUCCGGGACAUUCUAGCGCUGAGGGAUAAGUACUGGUACACGGCCUCGCUGCGCGACUAUACCGCCUUCCUGUUCAACGCGUUCGAUGGAAAGCACACGUGGAGCUGCAAGGCAAAGAUUGCGUACACGGAACCGUGCAGCGGAUGCAGCAACUGCUACAAGGACAUGGACGACCAGUGGACGGCGGCCAAAAAGGCGGAACAGCAGCCACGCCGGUGGUGGUCGGUGUUUGUGCCGCGCGCGAAAACCGCCGCAAAGACGGAUUACAGUAAAAUCAUCAACGAAAAGUGCUCGGUGCGGCACGAGAUUGAGGUGGAACCGUCGGAGCUGGUCAUUAAAACGGGGAACGUUGCGGUGGACGAGCAGGAAGGUGAAAAGGGAACGGACAGCACGAAGCUCGAUGUGGUCGUGGGGGAACAGGUGGACUCGAGCUUCGGCUUCAUCGGUGGUAGCUGGGGUCGGGUGAGGGGUCGAAAGUAUUUCGACUGUCCGGCCAAGGAUAGUAUCAGCGUGCGCACUGUCGAGCUCCUGCCCGAGCGGCUGAAGGUGGAAGAGACCGACCCGGAGCUGUACUACUCGAUCGACAAUGAGGCGUACGAGGUGCGCCCGGUGCGGAUAACGGUUGUGCCGAAAGCGGUCGAAAUAUUUACCUUCUAGAAUCAAUAAAAACUCAACACACGCGCGUGUUUGGUGACAAAAGCUUUAU